UGUAGUUAUUGUUGAUUUUAUAUUAGUUGGAACGGAACGGGGGUAGAUUCGUGGCCACCUUCUAGGCUGUAUUAUGAAAUCUAUUUGCUGACUCAAAGUUGAAUGAAUCAAUUUUAGUAUUGAGUCGGUGAUUACUUACUAGUCGUGAUUGAAUGAAUCUCUUCUUCAUUAAGACGCCGCCGCCUUUGUGUUGUGUAUAUUUUUCCUCGUCCUGCAUCCUAAUAGUAUCCUUCGCCUUAAUACAAUUAAUUUCGCCACCUUUGCUCAAGGUUUCUGUUGUCAUUAUCCCUCCCUUAGCUAGCUAUAUUGAUCUUCAGCCUUCAAGUUUGUUAGUUUGCUUUUUUCUUCAAUCUGAGUAAAGUUUGAUGGGAGGAGGAAAUUCUAAAGAAGAUUGGAGGCAAGAGUCGCCAUCUUCAUCAUCAUCAUCAUGGGCUUCUCAUCAGAGUUAUCCUCAAUCCGGACCUGGUAGCUACAACUAUCCUCCUCCACCCUCUUAUUCUCCUGCUCCCGCUCCAUCUCCAUCUCCGGCUCCCAGUUUUGGUGCUCAUCUUCCUCAGCCGCCUCCUUAUACUCAAGAGGAGGGCUAUGCUUAUCCUUACCCUCCCCCACAGCCUCAUCCUACUACUGAUAGGAAGAAGUUUGAUCGUAGGUAUUCCAAAAUAUCUGAUAACUACGCCUCUUUAGAUCAGGUGUCAGAGGCUUUAGCGCGUGCAGGUCUUGAAUCUUCUAAUCUUAUCCUCGGUAUCGAUUUCACCAAGAGCAAUGAGUGGACAGGAGCCAAGUCCUUCAAUAAGAAAAGCUUGCAUCAUAUCAGCAAUACUCCCAAUCCUUACGAGCAAGCUAUCACUAUCAUUGGAAGGACCUUAGCCGCCUUUGAUGAGGACAACUUAAUUCCUUGUUUUGGUUUUGGUGACGCAUCAACGCAUGAUCAAGACGUGUUUAGUUUCUAUCCUGAGGGUAGAUCCUGUAAUGGAUUUGAGCAAGUUUUGGCUCGCUAUAGAGAUAUUGUACCUCACCUUAAGCUCGCAGGACCGACAUCAUUUGCACCCAUCAUUGAAAUGGCGAUGACAGUUGUUGAGCAGAGUAGUGGCCAAUAUCACGUGUUGGUGAUUAUAGCCGAUGGACAGGUAACAAGAAGUGUGGAUACGGAACAUGGGCAGUUAAGUCCCCAAGAACAGAGGACUGUUGAUGCAAUUGUUAAAGCAAGUGCACUUCCUUUGUCAAUAGUAUUAGUCGGGGUGGGGGAUGGACCAUGGGACAUGAUGCAGGAGUUUGAUGAUAAUAUACCUGCCCGAGCUUUUGAUAACUUCCAAUUUGUGAACUUCACGGAGAUCAUGUCAAAGAACAAAGAGCAGUCUCGAAAGGAGACAGAGUUCGCACUCUCUGCUCUCAUGGAGAUUCCUCCACAGUACAAAGCCACGAUCGAGCUUGGCCUUUUAGGGCGAAGAAAUGGGAGUAUCCAAGAGAGAAUCCCACUUCCACCUCCGGUGCAGCAGAGUGGAGCAACAUUCUUCAAGCCGUCACCAAUACAGAGUUUUGAACCGAGUGUACCUACUUAUCCGAUGGAGAGCAAGAAUAUGACCACUAGUGUGGACGACAACCAGCUUUGUCCGAUAUGUCUGAGCAAUCCCAAAAACAUGGCGUUUGGGUGCGGCCAUCAGACAUGUUGUGAAUGCGGACCAGAUCUUAAGGUGUGUCCUAUUUGUCGUGCACCCAUCCAGACCAGAAUCAAGCUCUAUUAAUUCACCACUCUUCUCCAAGAGAUUUCAGAUCUUUCUGUAAAAAAACAAAAAUGUUCUUUUGUUCUUUGAUUGAAUUCUUAAACAUAGCUGCUUGUUCUAUCUUUAGUUACUUUGCUUGGAUUGCAAGUUUGAUUUUCUGUUGAUUGAUCUGUCAAGAUCUUAUUCAAAAGAUGCUUUGUUUUAUAUCUAUAUAUCCAACCCGUACAAUUCCAA